GACUGCUCCAAGGGAGAAUCUGAAAUAUUAUCCACAGCACCAUCCCAAGCAGAGUAAGACAGGGAGACAGAGAGAGAUUCAAAGAUCCAUACAAGAUUUUAUAAAGUACAGACACUCAGUGAGUACAUACAAUUCUGUGUGAGUGAGCACACUAGCAUACCUAUAGUUAUACUUUUUCAAGUAUCUUUCAAGUGUUCAGCGACUGACCGGCAAUGAUACAAGACCAGUAUCUAAUUGAAUGUCCUAUGGAUUUGGACAAUGAACCAAAAUAUAUGCAGUUACCUCCAAAUGCCACAGUCUACACAGAAUCCCCUCCAAGUCUGGAUUUGAGAGACCCCCGAGGAAUCAAUAAGCACCUUAAGGUGGAUUUCUCUGAUGUUCUGGCAGAACCCGACUCGUUUCACAGCUUUGACAAAGUCUGGACAUGGAGCGACAUCCUGUUUGAAUCCAGCAAACUCUGGUGCUACAGAAUAAUCUCUCUGCUGUGUGCUGUGCCGGUGUCGCUGGUUUCUGGUAUCCUCUUCGCCCUCCUCGGAUGUCUGCACAUAUGGUGCGCCAUGCCGUGUAUUCAACUGUGCAAUAUCUGUAUGCCCCCUAUUCGGACCUUGUGGGCUAGUGUGCUUGACAUCUUUAUUGCGCCUUUCUGUGCCAGCAUUGGGCGUUGCUGUGGCGCCAUUUAUGUGAAUUUUAGCAAGCAGCAAGCAUGAGAAAUUGAUAACCAACACCUCAGCCUAAGACAGACUCAAGACAGAGAGAAUUCAAGAACUCCAUGCUGCAAAGUAUUCUGGGAUGGCAAGUCAUGUAAAUCUAAGAGGACUUUUUAAACUGCAUAAUACCACAGGGGGGAAAGAAAAUGCAAUAAAAUUGUUUUACAAAACUCUUUUACUGUGUGUUACAAAGUAAUAAUAAAAACACAAUUAUUCCUA